AUGGCCUCCCGAUCGAGAUCGCUCUCUCGCGACCACUAUCGCGAUCGUUCCCGAUCGUUGACGCCGCUGUCAGACCGGUCUCGCUCACCAGUCCGUCGCCAUACGUACGAUUCGCGAUCGCCGUCACGUUCCAGGUCUCCCACACCGCGACGAAAUGGCAGACAGAGGAGCGAAAGCCGCAGCCGGAGCCGUGGAAGGAGCGCCAGUCCUGCCAUCAGAAGCACCAAGGUUGUCGUCGAACGUUUGACCAAGAAUAUCAAUGAAGCCCAUUUGGAGGAGAUCUUUGGCCAAUUUGGACACAUCAAGGAUCUUGAUCUGCCCAUUAACAGAACUCACGGCACUAACCGUGGCACUGCUUACAUCCUUUACGAUACGGAGGCCGAUGCUGAGGACGCCAUCGCCCAUAUGCAUGAGGCACAGCUUGAUGGCGCGGUAAUCAACGUCUCAAUUGUCCUCCCUCGGCGCAAGAUGUCCCCAGCACCUCCUGCGGCUCGACGUGGCGGAGGCUCCGAUGCUAGAG